GUAACAAAGACCUGGGGUAGCAAAAGUAAUAGAUCAUGCAGACUUCAAAGUUCGCGAAAGGGAAUUGAAGCCGUGCAAGACAUUGAGAGAUUGGAGCUAUCACUCUCGCCAUGCAAUGAUUCUUUAGAUCGAGGAGGCAAAAGAAAUACUGACCGAACAGCUAAAGAUGUAUGUCAAAAUGACUCUGCAAUUCAGGCUCAGAAAACAUCUGAGAGUGGAAGAGCAGAUUUUCAGCUCGCCUCACCACAAGGACCAUCAGCAGACAAGAGCAGUCAUAGUGGAUUAUCUCUAAAAAAUGAAGCCAAAAACACAUGGGAGAUAACCAGUGAUGAAUGGGUGUUUCCAGAAAGUUUCACUGAGAGUAUUCAGUUGGAUAGGAGUGAGCACUUCAUAGCUACUGAAGAUUCAACCUGCCAUAAUCUAACCUCACCACAGAAUGCCUCUGAAGAUCACAGCAAUGAAACAGGUGAUCACCAAGUGAAUAAUGAAGAGAUUUUCACAUUUUCAUCAAGACCUCGAUCAGCUCUUCAUGGGAAGUCUCCGAAUAUGUCACCACGAUGUUGCAUUUUCCCAUUGGAUUUGAAGCAAGACAGUAACAGAGUGCAUGGGAAAACUCAAAUUGAAGAUAACUUUCAAGGAACUGACAGCAGUGAAGAGGAUGAAAACAAUGAAUUCAUUCAGGGUACUGGGGACCUGGAGAUCAGCGACAGCAGGCAAGGAACAUCUGAUUCAGCAGUUUUUAAAGAGAUCCCAUUAGAGAGGAUGUCAUGGAGAAAUGAAUACUGGAAGAAUAAGGGACACAGCAAAUGUAACCUCAAAGAGACCAUCUUAUCAAAACCACAGAGUUCCACUGUGAGAAAAACAGAUUCUGUUAGCUCUCAGAGAAGCUUAAAGCCUACCCUUUCUCUUUCUCCAACUGGAAGUAAAUCUGAAUUCUUUAAAGUAAUUCCAAAUGGAUCUGAAAAAACUGAAAGAUACGAAGGAGUUUCUGGUCAAUUGAAAAGAUCCAUCAGUAAAAAAUCUCUCAAGAAAAUCUCAAGAGAAAAUUCAUGUCUGACAAUACAGACUUGUGAGUAUGGCUGGAAAAACUACCAGUCAAGUAAACUGAGUUCAUCUGAACUGCAGAUGCUGGCUAGCAUGAAGAGACAACAAAAUGAAGAAUUAUGGGACACUGGGAUCUCACAUGGGCUGAGCGCAUCACAGAUAGAUAACCUCAAUGUUAGCAUAAGUACAAGCAGUGAUGACACAGCAACCUGGAACUCUUGUUUCCCACCACCCAUCAGUCAGGAGCAUCACUAUCAGAAAGAAAUGAGCCCACUUUCUCAUUCCAACCCACG